UUUGGAAAACUCAUGUAAAUUAGGUUUACAAAUCUUUGUGUUUCCAUUUAUCAACGGAGAAAAUCUAUUUUGAGCUAACAAAAUACGUCAGCUCGGAGUUAAUUCAGUAAUUUAACCCUGCACAAUGGAGUUCUCAGUAUCUGAAACACAUUUUAUUAUUGAAGAUAGCGUGUCUGAUUCAUUUUAGACCUACUCAUUGUCCAUGUCUGCACUGAUGUUUUAAAAAUCAAAUGGUCAUGAAAAUAAGCCUUAAAGUCAUGGAAAAGUCAUGAAAAAAACAUGGAAAUGUAUGAACCCUGCGUUUAUUAAAAUUCCUACAGUAUAUUAAGGGCAGACUGUUGGACAUUUUUCUAGACUGACGUUUAGAUGCAUCACAAGCUUUUAAAUCAGAAACUAUCCUCAGAAAAAAUGACAAAAAAUGGUGUCCACGUCCCAGCAUCCCUCCAUUCGUCUCCACAGUCUGAUUGUAGAUGGUUUAGUGUGUGCUGAUGUACGCUGACCGCUGCUUGUUCCGCCCCUCCCAAAACAGACCGCAGAUUGAGUUGAGGCGUGAGGUAAAAGUUAACGUUUGGCAGCGUUUUAAAGCUCUGCCAGCUCUGAGAUCAUCACAGAUCCUCUGUGGUUCUCUGAGGGUAGAAAGAGGUGGUGUUUGAGGCGGCCCUGCUGACCCCGGCGUUCAGGCUGGAGCGCUCGGCCGCGGGCGUCUCGCCAGCCCUGAGGAUCUGGAGGACAACUGUGCAUUCUCCACGAGAUGGGAGGAGCUGAACUGCUGUUUGAUGGAGUGAAAGACCAUCAUGUGACCCUGCCUGGCCAAUCAGAUCCAUGGGACAUGAAGCAGCUGCUGGCGUGGAUACGAGUCAACCUGCUGAAAGAGAGGCCCGAGCUCUUCGUACAGGGAGACACUGUGAGACCCGGGAUUCUCGUAUUGAUCAACGACGCAGACUGGGAGCUAAUGGGUGAAUUGGAGUAUCAGCUUCAGGAUCAGGACAAUGUGGUGUUCAUCUCAACCCUUCAUGGAGGUUAACUGACUGUAAAGGAUGCUGAACACACACACACACACACACACACACACACACACACACGUAUGCACACAAAUACACACCCCCAAACAGCCUCUGUUUCACCAUCAAACCUUUACGCCACCCAUCCUCCAUCCGCCGUCCACCUCUCAACCAAUCCAGCGAGCUUCUCCUGGCUUGUUUUGAUCUGUAAGCCAAUAGGAAGAGCUUGUGUUGGAGAGUGCCAUCAGACACAGGUGUGGUCCGGUCCGGUCCUGUAGUACCUGCCCUGCCCCACCCUGCCCUGCCCCGCUGUAGAUGGAUGGGGUCAGACUGAGCGCGCUCAGAGGUCAUUCUGUCUCGCCAGCGUCCAGAUGGAUUCUCCAGAGACACUGACCGCCAAUCACUCUCAUCUCAAACGGCCGAAUUAUCAUUUUUAUUAGUUUACGCUGGGGCACCCCGGUGCUGUGUGUGUGCGUAUGUGUGUGUGUUGGUUUGAAUGUGUGUGUGUGUGUGUGUGUGUGUGUGCGUGUGUGUGUGUGUAGGCCUGAUUCGCUGUGUGUUUUCUUUUUGUUUUUGUUUUUUAAGAUUUGUUUGGAUUAAAAAAAUGCUAAUAAAUGAUUUUUUAUUUAUGUGUA